AGGCUUCUACCCUAAAUCUCUCUUCUUCCCAUCUCAUUUUUUUAUUCACUCUUCUUUGUUUGUUACUGUUAUUUGAGAGUCAUGGAGCUUCAACUUGGCCUCGCUCUUCCAACCUCACCCGUCAAUGACUUCGAUCUUAACUGCCAUGUCUCCGACCCCACGGAGGCGGCUUCUUCAGACCUUUGCGGCCGUGGAGAUGAUAUGAUCAGCGGCAGGAGCAACAAAAAACGUGGGUUCAUUGAAGCCUUUGAGCUCCCACCUCAGACGUUGCCUCUUCUUCUUUGGAACGAUCACCCGAACGACGACGACGACGAUGAUGAUCGUAAAGGAGUGGAGAACAGCUCCUUCAUUGCUAAAAAAAAUGAUGAUGGAUAUUGUAUUGUGGGUUGGCCGCCGAUCAAAUUCCGGAGGAAGAAGAUUUGUUCCCACAACAGAGACGACAAUGACCGGACAGUACUGCAUAAUGGCAGCGCCAGAGCCGGCGUCGGCGGCGGUGUAAACCCCAACUCUAAGUACGUGAAAGUGAAGAUGGUGGGAGUGGGAAUAGCUAGGAAGAUUGACUUGAGCCGCCAUCACUCGUACCAAACGCUCACAAACACCUUGAUCAACAUGUUUGGCAAGUGCCAACAAGAUGCACAGAGCUUUAAACUCGCCUAUCAGGAUAGAGAAGGAGACUGGCUGCUUGCAGGAGAUGUGCCCUGGAGAACAUUCAUUCAGUCGGUGGAGCGUCUGAAAAUACUAAGGAUUGGCGGUUAAUUCAGUUGGGAAGGCUGGUAGAGAAAUUGACUGGUUUAACAAGAGUUUAAUUUGCCUUCAAUUCUGAAUAGUUGUAUGUAAGGUGUAGACCAGCUUUAAUUAGCUACAUAACAUGUGGAUUUUCAUCUAAGCUAGAGAAGCUAUAUAUAUAUAUAUAUAGAGAGAGAUAUAUAUUCCUCUAA